AAAAAUAUGUUAAUUUAACGUGUUAAAAUUUAAAAAUAAAUUUUAAUUAUGACAGGCAUUUUAACAUUUAUAUAAAUAUAUAUCAUAGCCUAAAUAUAAAUAAUUUAACAACUUAAAUUAGAAAAAAAUAAAAAUCCCGGGCGUAGCCCGGGUUAAUCCCUAGUAAGUGUAACUAGUAAAAGCCCAAUGGAGCAGAAAUGUAUGGGCUCAGUUUUGGGCAUUAAAUGCAUGACAAUUAGUCUUUUUUUUUUUUUUUUGCAUGACAAUUAGUCAUGGAACCGCACACGUGUAGGGUAAUAUAACUGCAAACCUACUUUUGAUUGACAUAAAAAUCAAGAGAAAAUUACAGCUAUGAACACUUUUUGUCUUUGUAAUGACAAGAUAAGACACUCCAUGUUGUUAUUUAAAUAUCGUUUUAUUACGCAUCCAAAAAGAUAAAUUCAUAUAUAUUACUUGAUCUGAACAAUUUUAAUUCUUUAAUUUCUUAAGAAUUAAUAUAUAUAUAAGCUUAAAUUAUUUAUUUUUUUAUUAAUUAUUUGUAACAUUUAAAAUCUCUUGCCAACUCAGAUAAGUUUGUGUCCCAGUUCUACGGUCUUUUUCCAUGGAAUGAAAUAAAUUAAUUCGUAUUUGGUACUAAUAGAUAUAGAUAAAUAAAAAAUUCGUUAAUUACCUAACGUAUAAAGUAAUCAAUCGACAGUGAAACACAAAGUCUCGUUUUUGUCUGUUACUGUCUGAUUGACUCCAGUAAUAGUAUAUCACACACAUUCAUUCUCUCUCUCCCUCCCGAACUCUCAGGCUUUCUCUUUAAUUCCUCCUCGUUCGAUGAACUUUCUUGUAGAAACUGGAUCCAUUUGAGAAAACCCAUUUCAAAUCUAUUCACUUUUUCUCAUUUCUAUGCAUUUUUUAAGAAAAUUGCAUUCCCCUUGAAGCUCCAGAGAGAAGAAAAUGAGAGACUUUCCUUCUUGCUCCGGCGAAAACGGCGUUCAGGUUGCAAAUUCUCCAUCCUCCACCGCCGGAAAAACAGCUCAGAAUCUUGUCAUUUGCAUCUACCGUUGCCGCAUCCGUGGCAAGACUUGCUUGAUCACUGUCACAUGGACUAAGUCUCUGAUGGGUCAGUGUGUAACCAUCGGAGUCGAUGAUUCUUGCAACACAAGUCUCUGUAAAGUCGAGAUUAAGCCCUGGCUCUUCACUAAACGAAAAGGUUCCAAGAAUCUAAGUAAUAUUAGUGUCUUCUGGGAUCUCUCCUCUGCUAAGUUUGGAUCCAGCCCCGAGCCUUUAGGAGGGUUCUACGUAUGCGUGGUUGUUGACAAAGAGAUGACUCUUCUUCUCGGUGAUAUGAGGAAAGAAGCUUUUAAAAAAACUAACGCUGCACCGUCUUCAUCUCUCGGUGCUGUGAUUAUGGCUAAGAGAGAGCAUGUGUUUGGUAAGAGAACGUUUGAAACAAAAGCUCAGUUCUCGAACGAUGGCAAAACGCAUGAUCUUGUGAUAGAAUGUGACGUGAGUGUUUCUGAUCCUUGUCUCGUUGUUCUUGUUGAUGGGAAGGUCUUGAUGAAGGUGAAGCGGGUUCAUUGGAAGUUUCGUGGUAAUGAUACGAUGGUUGUCGAUAGGAUCUCUGUGGAAGUUAUUUGGGAUGUUCAUAGUUGGUUCUUUGGUCUGCCGUCGUCACCGGGGCAUGCUGUGUUUAUGUUCAGGACUUGUCAACAACCUGUUGAAAAGACUUGGUCGUUUUCGCAACAGGUUCCAACGAGCUCGAAGUCUCAGAGUGUUGGGUUCUCGUUGGUUCUGUACGCUUGGAAGAACGAGUAGAGAAUAAGAAGAAGAAGUUUUGAGAGUUCUUUUGUUUUCUCUUGAGUGCUAACAAAAGAUUUUUAAAAAGGAACUGUUGAUUCUUCUCAAUUGAUUUUAUCAUAGGAUCGUCAGAAGAACUUGAUCUUGGUAUAUAUCAGUUUCAUGUCAUAGUUUCUACAUGACACUUGUAAAGACUCUUGUUCAAAGUCAGAUUGCUUUGGUCCUGUAUCAAGAAACCAAAUGUCCAGAUACUAUGUUUUGGUCUCCUGGUAGCAUAAUGUUCUUUACUAGGAUGGAGAUUGUUAAGUUGUUAACUACAUUACAUGUUUCUUUGACUUUUUUUUUUUUGUCAUCUGAAAGAUUAUAUUAUCACAGGUGAAAUACAGUCGAAACACACCUAAGCCGGCAAGAAACACUUUUCUUCCGGAGCCAUAAGCCGGCAAAGAUCGAAAUCUUUCCAGAGCCAUAAGAGAAAACUACUAGACAACUAAAAACGAUUUACAAGAAACUCUAAUACAUAAGCCAAAAUCCAAAACAUAAGUGAAGGAGUAGCGUUGAUGAUUGCAGUCCAAAACGCAGAGCACAUCGAUCUCCAAACGAAG